AUGUCGUCUGAGCUUUUCUUUGAUGAAAAUCAUGAACUUUCUCAUUUUGAAUCAUUUACGAUGCAACAUUCUGUUCAUCAAAGAACUUUGUUCGAAUAUACUUUUGCUAUCUCCUUCUCAUUCAUGGUCGAUGAAAAGCUAUUUUUAGCUGGAACAAGUGCACAUUGCGCUUGUGUAAUGAUUCAAGGAUUUUCUUAUAUGCGUCCUUGUUGCAACAUUUCUGCAAUGCUCAAAUGCUUAGAAAUAAAAUUGUAUCUCAAGGAAAAUUACUUUUCCAGUUGGGGUAUUACAGUAAGCGAAAAGAAAAUUCUUUAUUCAAACCUCUUAAGAAUUUACAAAAUUGUCAGAGAAACUUCAAAACUUUCCCAACAAAAAGCUCAUUCCUCGUUUUUCCCCCGAAACAUGCACAACGAGGAGAAAAAAAAAGCCAGACGGAACCAUGCAUGGAUGUGUGAGUGCAACAGAGAGAAACAUAUAUCGAGCAUUAUGAUCGGUAAAACUGUGGGAAGUGGAAGUGGACUGGGGCUGAAAGCAACGAGGAAAAAUGUUUGGAGAUGGAGAGACGACGGGAUCAAUGACACAUAA